AUGUCGACGGCUGCAGUCAAGCUGCAAUUCGAGCAGUCGACCACCGACGCGCUCGAAGCGUGGCAGCAGUCCAUUCGAGACACCGCCAUCAACAUCAUCCAAAAGACGCUUCCCGAGAAGAUCCUCUCGCUCAAUGCCAAGAUAGCCGAAGUGGAGAGCAACAAGGAGCAUCUCUUUUCAAAGUCUCGCUACUUUGAACCUGAUUCGAUCGGGAUCGAUACGAAUGUCUAUCCAUCAACAUCUUCCUCUUCGCACGAUGACGGCUCGAGCAGCAAGAAGCGCAAGACAGUCGACUCUUCCACAUCCGUCAAGGGUGAUUCCUCCUCCUCCUCCUCCGACGCAGCACACGUAUACACUGGCAUCCUCCACACACCUUCCUUCCUCGUCACUGCAUUCACCGACCUGCGCUCUGAAUGGGACGAACUCAUCGAACUCAUGGACUCGCUCAAGAUGUACAUCAACCUCCAAAUGCCCCAGAUCGAAGACGGCGACACCUUCGGCGUCUCCAUCCAAGAAGAAGCGCUCAACGAGAUCGUCAGAACUCAAGAUUCCGCCUACAACCUCAUCGCCACCCCCUUCACCUACCACUCGUCCAGAGGCGACCUCGCCGCCAAGCUGGUCAGGUUUCCAGGUGUCGAGGACUACAAAAAGGCCAUCGAGGAACACGAUAGGAAGACGGUGUACAGGUUGAAGAUGCACCUGACCGAUAUGCGGAACAUGUACGCGGUGGUGUGGGAUGUUGUAAGGAAGAAUAUUGGCAAGAUAAGUAAGCCGAAGAGUGGCAACCAGAUGGGUAGCUAUGGGUAA